GUGCGCGGAGCGGGACAGCGGGACCUAGGCGGGUCCUCAGCCGGUAUCCCCACAGGGUAGCUCUGGACAGCGCACUUGCUGGUUUCUACUCCUCAGAGGCGCCUUCUCAGAAUGGAGCGAUUACCUCACGGUCGUAGAGACCGCAGCGGCGGCUGCCGACCCCAUCUGGCCCCAGGGCGGGCUGCUGCGCCCGCUUCGGCCGCGCGGUCGGUGUCGUCGGGGAUUCCGGUGUCCGCGACUUUCCUGCGGCCGCCUGGCCUUUUUCUGCGAUCGACCGCAAGCUCCGGUCGCGCAGGAUGCGCUCCGGGCCCUGGGCUGGAUAGGGCGUUGGGGGCGGUAGGCUGCGGCUACCCGCGGACCCCGAAGUGCGCGCGCUGUCGCAACCAUGGCGUGGUGUCAGCGCUCAAGGGCCACAAGCGCUUCUGCCGCUGGCGGGACUGCGCGUGUGCCAAGUGCACCCUGAUCGCCGAGCGGCAGCGUGUCAUGGCCGCGCAGGUGGCCCUGCGCAGGCAGCAGGCGCAGGAGGAGAGCGAGGCCCGCGGGCUGCACAGGCUUCUGUACCAGGGGUCGUCGGGGUCCGGGGCUCAGGCUUCCGGGGGCAGCGGCAGGACCGAGAGUCCCCAGGUCUUGAAUAACCCCAUGGCUGUAGCUGUUCUGGGAGCGGGUGCCUCUAGACACCCUGGGAGCCGGUCAGUCCCAACUUUCGAGGUUUUCCAGCAAGAUUAUGCUGACAGAAAGCAGGAACCAAAACAGAGAAACUGUGAGUCAUGCCAGAGUAGACAGGAAGAACCAGUCUCCAACACUCAUCACCAUUCUCUGGGAUCAUCUAAGGGUAAUGUGACCGUGGAGAAACAGGGCUUCAUGUCAUCUAUUCCAGAACACCCAGACAAAUCCACCAUCAUCCUGUCUCCUUGCCCCACGGAUCAAUCGGGAGGAGAAGACAGUCCCAGGUCUUUCUCUUCCUCUGACCUGGAAUCAGGGAAUGAAAGCGAGUGGGCCAGAGACUACAUUGCUACCAGAGCCAGCCUUUCCACGGUGACCUCAAGACCACGAGACCCUCUCGGAAUUCUUACCAGGAUCUUUCCAGGUUACAAGCAUAGCCGCCUAGAAGGCAUUCUACAGUUCUGCAAGGGAGAUGUAGUCCAAGCUAUUGAACAGAUCUUAAAUGGGAGAGAACAUAAACCCGACUGCAGGGACCUAGCACGCGCAGACUUGGAAAAUGCAGCCUUUCAGAGAGCGUCAGAUUUUAGUCUUGCUGGCAUUGGCUUUGGGACUCUAAGUAAUAAAUCAGCUCUCUCUCCUCUUGAAGCUGCGUCUGCUGCUUAUGGAGGAGAUUCAACUCUCUACAGUUUCAAUCCUAGACUAGCUUUCAGCCCACUGCGCCUGGCAUAUUCUUCUCCAGGAAGAGCGCUGUCUGGUUUUGUGUCACCCUACCUAACACCUGGACUGGUUCCAGCAUUGCCUUUUCGGCCAACUUUGGAUUAUGCGUUUCCAGGGAUGAUUAGGGAGCCGUCCCACCUCCCUAGCAAGCACUUAGUAGCUGGUGGUAGACUGUAUUUCAGGCCCAAUCAGGAGCAUCUGUAACAUAUCCACUCUACCAUUCUGCAGUGUUUCUAGAGCCAUGCAACACACACACACACACACACACACACACACACACACACACACACACACACUUUUUAAUGUACUUCAAAGAGCAUAAGCUUGGCCUCUCAGCCUUAAAUGCUAUUUUUCUAAGCAGUGUAAUAUACUUUAGAUUUGAAGACUUUUCUUUAGUGUUCAUUAAAUCAAAGAAACAUUUAAUCAUUAUAUGUGCCUUGAAUAAACUUAUUUCAGGAAACUUUAUUAUUUUAAACUAAUGAAUUUUCUCCUUAAAUUAUCACUUUUAUUAUAAAGCCAUACAUGCUUUUAUUUUAUUGUAGAGUUCAGUUUAUAGUGAACAUUUGUAAAAAUCAAUUCAUAUGGUAGAAAAGGGACCAGGAGUUGGGGAGUGUGGUUAUUAUUCUAAAGCAGCUCCCUCUCCAUCUCUACCUUCUCCCUUCCCACUUUUCCUCCUCUACCACACCUGAGCCAGAAAUUGUUCCAAGUAUUUAAAAAUAUUUUAUUUGCAGAUAAAUGACCAGUAAUAGUAAGCAAACCUAAUAAAUUUGAAUCUAUUACUUUUGGAAUGUCCGAUUUUUGUAUUCUUUAGCUACUAAUUGUAAAAAGGAAAUGGUUUUUGAACUGUUCUCUUUAAAGCUAACAUUGUAAAUGCACAAAGAACUAUUGGGUCAUAAGAAACAAGACCCUGCCCUCUUCUGGCCACUAUCACAAACUGCAAUUCAGUUAUUCUCAGAAAACAUGGUUUUGUAACUGUUACAGACUAACAAGUUUAUGGGGAAAAAAACCCUUUUGGAUCAUGCUGUAUUCAUUUUAAUGUUGUGAAAUAUAUUUCUACUAAGGAUAAUUUUAAUUUUUGAGUAGCUUAUACUUCUAUCUGGAGAUAUAGUCUUUUAUCAUUUGUUUGAGAUAAUGACAUGUCACCCAUUCUCAAAGGUAAAAAGGAAUUAUUCAAAAACUAAACUAUCUGCUCAGACAAAUAUCUACUGAUUAUAUGUAAAGUAUAUGUAAUGUAUUUAGGCGAUACAUACCUGCCUUUAAAGCUUAGAGAUGUUUUUGGAGUCUUAAGGCAUACAUUUCUUUCCCCAACUGGAGUAUUUAAAAUCAUCCAUCCAGCUGUUCAAUUCAGUCACUGGGAAGCCCCAGGGGGGAAAAACAGCUCACAAAGCAACGGUACAAUGUUCUCCUCAUGUGCCUUAAUUUUUAAACGGACAAUGGCUUCACUGUAUUGUGAAGAAUAAUGAAGAUCCAGAUGUGGUAGGAGUUAGAAAUAUCUUUAUCUGAGAAGCAAGAAUCACUAGGAAAAUUUUAAAAUUAUAGCUAUGUAUGUGUGUCUUUUCUAUUAAGCUAAUACGUUUUCACAGUAUACCUGACCUAAAAAUAUCAUAAUGCGCAACUGGAGAGUAUCUGGUGCUGAUGUAGAAUGCAAAGUGCUUAAUGAUUUGCAUAAAUUUUAAUGGAGCAAGGUUGAGGAAAAGUCCUGUAAAAUUUAGAUUGAUGCAAUGCUCACUUUUUCUUUUUCUUUUUGUACAAAACAAAAUGGAGAAACCCUUCAGGCUCAGAGCCUAAAUUACUGUACAACGCCUGGUAACUGACUGCUAUGCAGCAGACAUACAUUGAGAUUAGGCUGAUUUUGGGUGAUGGAACUUUCAACCAAAUGAUUCUACAAAGUGGCCCAUUAAUACAUAGUUUUGAAUAGAGUUCCAUGAGGUUCUAUGUCUCCUAAAAAGUAUUCAGAUCAGAACUCUUGGUGAUCCUUGAGUUGUUUUUUAUUUUAUGAAUCUAUCUAUUACAUUCUAUUUUUGAGAUACACUAGAUGCUGUGUAGGGUGUCAGAUGCAGAGUGUGAUGUAAAGAGAGCUAUAGUAAAUGGCAGAAAUCUGGAUUAAAAGUACAGCAAUUCUAGCAUUGUUGGAUUCUUCACAAGGUUAACAUAAUAAUGUGGACCUAUUGACUGUGUGGUGAUGGCACACACCUUUAAUCCCAGCACUCAAGAGGCAGAGGCAAAGGAGUGAAAGGCCAAUCUGCUCUAUAAAAUGAGCUUCAGAACAAUCAUGGCUAUACGAAGAAACCCUGUCUUAAAAACAAAACAAAACAAAACAAAUAAAAACAAACCCCAAAAUAUGUGGAUACAUUAUUUUAAUAAUCUAAAUAUUAAGUUAAUUUUUAUGAUGCGUUAUGUAGUCUAUAUAAUUCACAAGACUCUUAAUACCUAAAAAAACUUGAUGAAAUAGGAGAUUCUUCCAACUACUAGCUAGACAUCGAGGAAACUGAGGCUGAGAUGUGUAUAGCCAGUUCCAAGGGUAAUAAUAGUAUGUGUUACCAGGAAGGGUUCCUUACUCUAGUAACUUCAGACUGUUAGGUAUGAGAAAGGAUUAUGCCUGCUUGUUUCUUUACAGCUUUGUAUGGUGUCUGAUACAUAAUAUGUGGCCGAUAGUACCUCAUUAUUUACUAAAUUAAUAAAAGCAUUAGAUU